UGAAAUUAUUAAAAAGAAAAAAGGUUUGAUUUAAAAGAGAGGAUUUUUCACUGUUGGUGGUGUUGGUGGUAGUAGCAGAAGCAGUAGCAGCAGCAGCGGCAGCAUGUGACUUUAUUUCAUUAUGGCAGUACACUCACACACAUCGCUAUAACGUAGCAGACAAAAGUAAUAGAUUGUAACUAGUAGAAAUGUUUUUGAAAUGCAAGACUUUAGCUAGGAUAGGCCUAUUGAUGUAAACGUUAAAAUUAUAUUGAAAUUCAAAUUCAAAAAUAAGACUUCAAGUAGUUCGUCUUGAGUAACCGUGUUCUAUAGUACUCGUUUUCGCUAUGUACCUGCAGACUUCAUAAGUAUCAGAAAAAUAUGGAAGAUAUAUGGUAAUCUUCGCUAUACAUCGUAGGAGGAGAAUAAAUUUGCUUACAGUAUUUUAUGUCAUAAAUCGUAAAGCAAUUACUUCUAGAAAAUUGAAUUACACGCAAAAUGAAAUUUGAGUAAUAAGGGCGCUUGAAGUGUAAUCGCUUUUGCUUACUUUCUUUAUCGCUAUUUAUUUCCUUUGUAGCUUACAAAUUUUCGUUCUGGGCUCGGAACGUUAUUACGAAAUUGUCACGAUCUCAAUGAUUUACAUCCGAUAUAAUACAAACGAAAUGUCGAACGAGGAUCGAUAAUAUUUGUCGUGACAACACGAAGAUAUAAUGGAAGCCGACGGCGAGCCUGCAUCAUUAACAAGAGCGGAUGUUAGCAAGUUUAAAAAAUUGCCAAAUUCAAAAAAAAUGAAAGCUUCUAAAAACGAACUCUCUACGAUUAGUGCAAAUUCAACGGAAAUUGUGAAAGGCGACAAAGGUGUUAAAGCCGUUCAAUUAAAGAUCAACAAACUAAAUAAAGGAGGCGUGGAAAAAGUUUCGAAAUUUAAUUUGAAUAUAGAGGAAACCCCAGGCGUCAACGGCGGCGACGAUGUUGAACAGACCACCGGAGAAAUUUAUGAAAAAGCAAAUAAAAAGGGUUCUCGCAAGCGGAAUCAAGCUUCCCAAGUCGAAGAAGACGUACAGCUUGAAGACGCCGUCGAAAAACCUGCAACUGUCAGAGUUUCCAGAUCUAAAAAAGCUGCAAUGGCGGUUCCUUCUAAUCAUGAAAUUCCACAAAGCCCGUCUCCUAAAAAACGAAACGAAGUUCGAAGAAAAUUCUUGAAGAAAAUAAAACUUCUGAGAGCACACAGGGAAUUGCAGACCAGCAGAGAGAAAUAGCGGAAAAACCCACUAAUACUAAGCGUUCAAGAAAUCCCAGCGUUCUUGAAAAUACGGCAAAC